GAGGCUUUUAAACUGCAGCUGAACAGCUGUGCUUUGUACGAAUGAAUUGGAGGAAAUGUUGUGGCCUAAAAGGUGACUGUAAAGUUCUCACUGCAGGAAGAGAAAAAGCAAAUAAACCUGCAGCUCGUUGGUAGGACAAGAAAACAGCCAUGGACGAGGACACUGAGAAGGAUGCAGCAGAUCAGAAUGAAGAGAAGUCAGAUAUCAGUGAGCCUCCAGAGUCUCCACCGUCCGAUGUCUCACCAGAGGAGGCCACACAAGGCUCUGACUCUGACCUAGAUGUUAAAGAUCCUCGGAAAGCCUUUGCAGGUAUUAAGGGUGCAGAUCUGUACCUGGAAGCAUGCAGGCUGAUGGAGGUGGUGCCUGUCUCAUACUUUGCUCAGAACUUGUCCGAGCCUUAUAUAAAUCUGAACCACCACGGUCUAGGACCCAAAGGUGCCAAAGCCAUUGCUAUUGCUUUAGUGUCCAAUGCAGCUGUCACCCACUUAGAGCUGGAAGAUAACCACAUUCUGGCAGAAGGAGCUAUAUGCAUAGUAGAGAUGUUACGAGAGAAUCGCUCUCUUCAAGAACUGAACAUUUCCAAUAACCACCUAGACACAGAAGGGGCUGAAGCCAUUGCCGGUUUGCUUUUGGACAAUGCAUCUCAUCUCCAUACUCUUCAUCUCUCAGGAAACAGCUUUGGAGACGAGGCUGCGUCAUGCCUUGCUGACGCGUUAUUGAGCAACUUCCAAGUGAAGAAGCUGGACCUCAGCCAUAAUGAGUUCUCUGAGAAGGGAGGACAUCUCCUAGGACAGAUGCUCGCUGUCAAUACAGCACUGGAGAUUCUGGACCUGAGCUGGAACCACCUGAGGAGGAAGGGAACAAUGGCAUUAGGCCCAGGUCUCAAGGUCAAUGCUGCACUGAAAAUACUCAACCUGUCUUGGAACUGCAUUGGGAAUGAGGGAGCACAGGCCAUAGGAGACGCUCUCAAAGUUAACACUGUGCUGAUUCAUCUGGACAUCAGCAACAACCAGAUCAACAAUGAGGGAGUCAAGAAGCUCUGCAAAGGCCUUAAAGUCAAUGGAACACUCAGAGUCCUGAAGAUGGCCAAUAAUCUCUUGACAGUGGAAGGUGCCACUGAGCUAGUGGGAUCCGUCAAAAAGAAUGCCAAUUCCGUGAUGGAAGAGAUCAACAUCUCAAAUGUCCUGGUGAAUGAAACAUUCAUCCGGUUGCUGGAGUCAGCGUAUCUAAUACGACCUGAGCUAAAUGUUAUCUAUGGCGAAGUUGAAGGCUCCAUCUCCAAAAUCCCCAAGCAGUAUCCAAAUCCUAUGAAAGUAAUUCAGAAAUAUGUGAAUGAACAGAAGCUACAACUCUGGGAGUUUUUUGGGAAAAUGGACAAGGAUGGAAACAUGAAGAUCCCUGUGUCGAUCUUCCGGACAGCCAUGAUGCAGCAAACAAAAAUCCACCUGAAUCGGGUCCAAAUUGCAGAACUAGUGCGAAUACUAGACCGGAAUCAGACAGGGAUUGUAGACUAUAGUCACUUGAAAGAGCAGAAGCCAGAAGAGAAACCUGAGAAAGAGGAAAUGAAGGAGGAGGAGGUGAAAAAAUGAAGUAAGAGGGCAGAUCAGCCAGUGAAAUAUAGUAGGAGAAACACUGGAAGAAAGUUCAGAUUGGCCCCAGGCUUGGGGGGAUCUGAGAGAAUCCAAGUGAUAGAAUGUAGAAAUAAAGUUGAUGUUCCCCUGCAA